GCCAGCAUCUUCCAAGCUGUCCCUAGCUACUUUCUUUCUUGACCUACGACUUCCGUGUCCUUGUUAAUGAACUUCUCACCUGCUUAAGACUAAUACCAAUCAGUGUUCAUCUGAAAACAACAACCACUUCUCCAUGUUGUUCCGAAAGCCAUCACCAACUCCCCCACUACACUCUCUACCCUCCACAACAAGCUUCUCAAAAACCAAAGACCCCCACAACAACAACAACAAAUUAAGGUACACCCUCUUCUCAUGCCUCAUCCUUGCUUCAUGGAUCCUCUUUCUUCAUCACCACACUCGGAUCCCACCUUCCACUGACACAUGCCACGGAUCAGGACCCUUGUUCUACAUCCACACACUUCCCUCGCGCUUCAACCUAGGGCUCCUCCAACGUUGCCACAAGCUAAACGUGUACACCAACAUGUGCCCCCAUGUCGCUAACAACGGCCUAGGCCAACCCCUUUCCACCCCUUCGUGGUACGCCACGCACCAAUUCAUAGCGGAAAUGAUCGUCCACGCACGCCUCCAGAAUCACCCGUGUCGCACGUGGGACCCCCACGCCGCGCUUUUGUUCUACGUCCCCUUCUACGGCGGCCUCCACGCUUCCACCAUGUUCCGCGAACCCAACCACACGCUUCGCGAUUCCUUGGCCGUUGAUUUGGUUCACUUUCUACAAAGUCAACCCUCGUGGAAGAGGAACAAUGGUAAGGACCAUUUCGUUGCCCUGGGGAGAACCGCAUGGGAUUUCAUGCGAGCCGAAGAUGGAGCAGACUUCGGAGCGAACAUCUUCCUGAAGCUGCCACCUGUCCGAAACAUGUCGGUGCUAACAGUGGAGCGACAACCUUGGAAAGGCGCGAACCAAUUCGGCAUCCCCUACCCCUCCUACUUCCACCCCAAAACCCUAGCGGAGAUGCUGACGUGGCAGAACAGCAUGCGGCAGCGCGCGCGGCCCCACCUCUUCUCCUUCGUGGGCGGAACGCGGAAGGGCCUGGAGAAGGCCAAGGUCCGCGACGACAUCGUGAGGCAGUGCGGCGACUCCAAACGCUGCGUUUUGGUGCGGUGCGCGAGCGGCGGCGACAGCAGGUGCCACGACCCGAUGAAGGUUUUGGAGGUGAUGAGUUCAUCCAAGUUCUGCCUUCAGGCGGCGGGGGACUCGUUCACGCGGAGGUCAUCGUUUGACUCGGUGGUGGCGGGGUGCGUGCCGGUGUUCUUCUCGGAGCACACGGCGUACACGCAGUACGCGUGGUAUCUUCCGGCGGAGAGGGGUUCGUAUUCGGUGUUGAUCGAGGAGAGAGAGGUGGUGGAGGGGAAGAGGAGCAUCGAGGAGAUUCUGAUGAGUGUUUCGGAGGAAGAGGUUGAGAGGAUGCGCGAGGUCGUCAUUGGGUUGAUCCCCACCCUCACCUACGCCCACCCCAACGCCACUAACCUUGGCUUUCCGGACGUUGUAGAUGUUGCGCUGCAACAACUCUCGCGCCGAGUCAAAGAGGAACAACUCAUAUCAAUAUCAUAGUUUAAAUAAUUGGACCCCGAUUAAAUCGAUUAGAAUAUUAUAUUAGUAGUUAAAUAUUGAAUUGGUAGGUUAUUAAUUCAA